AUGGCGCAGAUCGACAAGGUGAAGGAAGCGGUCAAAGAGGGCCUCGUGGGCUCCGAGGAGCCUGUCCAGGUUUCUGCGCAGACCAAGGCCCGAUUCACGGCCAAUGCCAUCAAGGACCCUGCGACGGGAGAGCUCUACCUGGGCCCCGAUGAGUUCACAAACGCCGUUGUUCCCUCUGGCGAGGACUACCACAAGAUCCAGCGUGAACAGUAUUCGAUCCUGUUUCGCGUAGCCGACAGGAAGAACUCCGGCCGUGUCACCCUCGCCGACUGGGGCGUUUUCGAGAACCUGCUCAGCAAGCCCGACUCUGAGUACGAGAUUGCCUUCCGACUCUUCGACGUCGACCGCACCGGCCAUGUCAAGUACGAGGACUUCCGAAAGCUCUACGAGCUCAACAGAGGCGCCGACAACAUCCCCUUUGACUGGGACUCGGAGUGGGCCAAGCUGUACAUUGGCAGCGGCAGCAAGAGGCACACCCUCGACUACCCCCAAUUCUCCCAGAUGCUGCGCGGUCUGCAGGGAGAGCGCAUCCGACAAGCCUUCCAGCUGCUUGACAAGGACGGCGAUGGCUACAUUGAUCCCGAGGACUUCCAGAAGAUCAUCCUGGAGACCGCCAAGCACAAGCUCUCUGACCACUUGCUCGAGAACCUCCAGACCCUGUGCAACAUCUCCGUCAGCUCCAAGAUCUCGUACGCCAACGUGCGCGCGUUCCAGAACAUGAUCAAGGAGAUGGACCUGGUAGAGCUGAUUGUCCGCCGCGCCGUGGGCAAGAGCACUACCGAUGGCAAGAUCACAAGGUCCGAGUUCCUCAACGAGGCCGCCAAGAUCACCCGCUUCUCCCUCUUCACCCCCAUGGAGGCCGACAUCCUCUUCCACUUUGCCGGCCUGGAUAACCAGACCGGUCGCCUGGGCCUCAGCGACUUCGCCAAGGUCCUGGACCCGUCGUGGCGCAACCCCAUUUACGACAUUGACAUCGCCGCCCUCAAGCCCACCGUCAAGCAGGGCUCAAUCCUGUACAGCAUCCUGACCUCGGCAUACAACUUUGGUCUGGGAAGUGUAGCCGGUGCCUUCGGUGCCUUUAUGGUGUACCCCAUCGAUCUUGUCAAGACCCGUCUCCAGAACCAGCGUGGCGCGCAGCCCGGACAGAGGCUGUACAAGAACUCCAUCGACUGCUUCCAGAAGGUCGUCCGCAACGAGGGUGUCCGAGGCCUGUACUCUGGUGUAUUGCCCCAGCUUGUUGGUGUCGCCCCCGAGAAGGCCAUCAAGCUGACCGUCAAUGACCUGGCCCGUAACUUCUUCACCAAGAAGGAUGGCUCCAUCCACUGGUUCAGUGAAGUUAUUUCUGGUGGUACCGCCGGUGGUUGCCAAGUCGUUUUCACAAACCCCCUCGAGAUCGUCAAGAUUCGUCUCCAAGUCCAGGGUGAGGUUGCUAAAUCCGGCAGCGCGGCGCCCAAGCGAUCUGCCAUGUGGAUUGUCCGCAACCUGGGUCUCAUGGGCCUGUACAAGGGUGCUUCCGCCUGUCUUCUCCGUGAUGUGCCCUUCUCGGCCAUCUACUUCCCCACCUACAGCCACCUGAAGAAGGACUUCUUCGGCGAGUCGGCAACCCACAAGCUGGGUGUCCUGCAGCUCCUGACUGCCGGUGCCAUCGCUGGUAUGCCCGCCGCCUACCUGACGACGCCGUUCGAUGUCAUCAAGACUCGUUUGCAGGUCGAGGCCCGCAAGGGUGAUGCCCAGUACACCGGUCUGCGACACGCCGCCAAGACCAUCUGGAAGGAGGAGGGCUUCACGGCCUUCUUCAAGGGUGGCCCCGCCCGUAUCUUCCGAUCGUCGCCCCAGUUCGGUUUCACCCUGGCCGCCUACGAAGUCCUCCAAACUCUCCUCCCCAUGCCUGGCAGCACGAAGGCCGACCUCCCCGCCCAGGGCGGCGUUGCUGGCGCCGUGGCACACAUCAAGGGCGCCCUGGACACAAGCCCGUUCGCUCGUACCCGCAACGCUCUCAAGGUCAUCCUGGACCUCGACCAGGACUUUGGCCGUCCCAAGCUCCCCAACGAGCAGGGAUGGCGGACGCUGCCCCGAAUCAUGGGUGGUGGCGGUCAAUAA